UCUCGCGAGGAUUCUCGAGACUUCGCGCGGGACCGCCCAUCGGUUGCCGGGAGACGGCGCUGCUGCCGCCGGGCAGGAGCAGUCUGUCUGCAGGCCGCGGCGGGUCUCGACCACCAGAGCCAUGGCGCCCAAGAAGAAAGGGAAGAAAGGGAAAACGAAAGGUACCCCGAUUGUUGACGGGCUUGCUCCGGAGGACAUGAGCAAGGAGCAGAUGGAAGAGCAUGUCAACCGCAUCCGUGAGGAGCUGGACCGGGAACGCGAGGAACGUAACUACUUCCAGCUGGAGCGGGACAAGAUCCACACCUUCUGGGAGAUCACGCGGAGGCAGCUGGAGGAGAAGAAGGCUGAGCUGCGGAACAAAGACCGGGAGAUGGAGGAGGCUGAGGAGAGGCACCAGGUUGAGAUCAAGGUCUACAAGCAGAAGGUGAAACACCUGCUGUAUGAGCAUCAGAACAACUUGACCGAGGUGAAGGCCGAGGGCACCGUGGUCAUGAAGCUGGCACAGAAGGACCAUUGCACCCAGGAGGGCGCACUGCGCAAGGAUCUGCGGGCACUGAAGGUGGAACUCAAGGAGCAGGAGUUGGCCAACGAAGUGUUGGUGAAGAGCCUACGUCUGAAGCACACCGAGGAGAUCACCAGGAUGCGGAACGACUUUGAGAGGCAAGUGCGAGAAAUCGAGGCCAAGUAUGAAAAGAAGAUGCAGACGCUCAGAGACGAGCUUGAGCUGCGGAGGAAGACCGAGAUCCACGAGGUGGAGGAGAGGAAGAACGGCCAGAUCAACGUGCUGAUGCAACGCCACGAGGAGGCCUUUACAGACAUCAGGAACUACUACAACGACAUCACCCUCAACAACCUGGCCCUCAUCAACUCCCUCAAGGAGCAGAUGGAGGACAUGCGCAGGAAGGAGGACCACCUGGAGAAGGAGAUGAUGGAGGUGUCCGUGCAGAACAAGCGCCUGGCAGACCCGCUCCAGAAGGCUCGGGACGACAUGAGCGAGAUGCACAGGAAGGUCGGCAACUAUGAGAGGGACAAGCAGAUCUUGCUGUGCACAAAAGCACGUUUGAAGGUCACCGAGAAGGAGCUGAAGGGCCUGCGGUGGGAGCACGAGGUGCUCGAGCAGCGCUUCCUCAAGGUGCAGCAGGAGCGGGACGAGCUGUACAGGAAGUUCACCGCGGCCAUCCUGGAGGUGCAGCAGAAGGUGGGUUUGAAGAACCUGGUUCUGGAGCGGAAGCUGCAGGCACUGAGCGCUGCCGUGGAGAAGAAGGACGUGCAGUUCAAUGAGGUGCUGGCGGCCUCCAGCCUGGACCCUGCGGCGCUGACCCUUGUGUCCCGCAGACUGGAGGACGUUCUGGAAUCGAAGAACAACAGUAUCAAGGACUUGCAGUAUGAGCUGGCCCGGGUCUGCAAGGCCCACAACGACCUGCUGCGCACCUAUGAGGCGAAGCUCCUGGCCUUUGGGAUCCCUCUGGACAACGUAGGCUUCAAGCCUCUGGAGACGGCUGUGAUCGGGCAGACGCUGGGCCAGGGCCCCGCGGGACUUGUGGGCACCCCAACGUAGUGCUCACCCGGGACUGCUCCCUGGAUGACCUUCCCUUUUACCAAGGACAGGAGCUGUUUGUUUUUUAGAUUUGUAUCAUCUGCAAAUGAAGGUUUUCUACAUUU